AUGGAUAGUUUGGACCCUAUUCCAUAUUCUGUUACACCCGCAGCACGAGUUCUGUCCAGGUGCGUCAAUGCUGGUGUUGUGUCGCAGGAGAAUCUUGACGCUGUUCCAAGAGAAACCAGUUUGUUCUCUCGACUCCUUGAAGUAGAGGAACAGGGCAAAAUAAAAAAUAAAAUUGCACAGAAAAGUCUGGAUUUAGAGUUACUUAUGCUGGAGAAAGACUGUGCAGAUGUCACUCACAAUUACCACCUUAGUAAAAGAUUUGUCACCCUGCAGCAGUCCACGUCCCACCUUCAGGAAGUCUUACGACAGCAGACCUGUCUCCGCCAGAGACUCAUGAAGCCGCCGUGUCAGCAAAACCUCCCUCUACAGGCCGAUUUACACAGAUAUGUGGUGGAACUGAUGGGAAUGGUGGUAGAAUUCAUUAACGAUCUGGAAAUGAAAAUGAAAACAGUCCGUUCUAUUCCACUGACUCAAGAGUACAUGAGCAAUAUGAACAAUGCUUUGGUGCAGCUUGUCACACAGGUGACAGAAGUGGAGAAAUUGUCUAAACAAGUGCUUGAGUGGAGAGGCCAGCAGAGCAGCAUUAGCACCGAUGCGUCGACUUGA